CCCGCGGGCUGACACCCCGCGACCCCCAGGAUGCCAGAGGCCAGGAGCUCCUUCCAGGACCUCACGCGAUGGAAGAAGAAGAAGCAGCCGGUGCGCCGCACGGUCAGCCAGAUCUGCCCGCCCCCACGACGGCCGCUGACCGUGGCCGACAUCCGGCCGGGCAUGGAGAACGAGAGGCUGGGGGUCGUGCGCGAUUCCAUGUUUCAGAACCCGCUCAUCGUCAAGGCCGAACUCGGGAAGCCCCGGGAAAGAAGCUGCAGUCUGCCUGGAAUCAAUUUUAAUUACGGACUCUAUAUCCGGGGGCUGGAUGGAGGGGUCCCCGAAGCCAUCGGACACUGGAACGUGUUUAAGCAGCAGCCCACCUGCCCCCAAGAGCUGACCCGGAAUUACAUUGCCAUGAACCGGGGGGCAGUGAAAGCCGGCCUGGUAACCGCUCGGGAGAAUUUCCUCUAUCGUCAGCUCAACGACAUCCGCAUCAGUGACCAGGACGACCGGCGCCUCAAGAAGGAACCGCCCUCUCUCCCUCCAAACAUGACGUUCGGGAUCCGGGCACGGCCUUCCACCCCCUUCUUCGAUCUGCUGCAGCACCGGUACCAGCAGCUUUGGGUGCAGGAACAAAAGGCCACCCAGAAAGCCAUCAAGCUGGAGAAAAAACACAAGGUGAUCCUGGGGAAGCUGUAUGAGACCCGGAGCAGUCAGCUGAGGAAGUACAAGCCACCCGUGCAGCUGGAUGCCCUCUGGCAGAUGCCUCACUUCCAGAAGGUGGGCCCCCAUCUCGAUACUUUCCCUACUGAGGAUGAUCGCCAGAGAGCGUUCAAAGCCCACCGGGAAGAGUAUGCCGUGCGCCAGGGGACCCUGAGGAUGGGCAACUACACCCACCCCUAGAGCCUUCUGGACACAGUAGAACAUUCCCUGAAGGAUGCAUCUUUCUUGCCCCAACUCAUACAAAAUGCUCCCCCAUUUUUAUAGGGGUUCUGUUUCAGCAAGGACCUCAGAUUCAGAUCUUAGGUUAAUUAUUUUUGGUAAGA